GCUUUUAAACAAUUCGCUGACGUAAACACAUAAAGUUGUUGACGCCAGAGGAAGCCCCCGAAAUAAACGAGAGGCUUCUUCCUUCUGGUUGCGGACUGCGCGUGCGUGCGUGUGUGUGUGUGUGCCUGUCCGCCCAGCUUGCUUUUUUCUCUUGCCGGUCUGGUGAUAAAGAAAGCGCGGGCGCGACGUGGACGUUGCUGAUCUUUAGAGGGCGCAAAUACAACCAGCCGACUCGCUCCACACGUGCAACCAGCAAACUCAACUGCGUCGUAGUCCCCUCCCUCCCUCCCCUCUGCUGCUUUCAGACGGUCAGGAGCAACAGUAACCACCAGAAUACAGCAGCGAAAAAAGAAGAUCACCGUUGUACGCUUCUCCUUUGAUUUCCCUUUGUGUAAGCUUCUUUUUUUCUUCUUGGUUUUCUUUUUGAGAGGAACUCAAACGAACCUUUUAAAGCUAGACUAAAUUCUUUAUUUCUAUGAAGAAGGGAAACACUCUUAGUGGAGAAACGUGCUGAUGCGCUACUCGUAUUAUAGGGGACUCAUCCACGAGGAGCGCCGCAAACGUGGGCCGCACUACGGCCGACAGGCCCGCAUACGUCAGCUGACAGUCCUCACCGUUCUCCUGCUCGGGCUGUACGUUGCCUGCACCUACAACAUUUGGCGCCACCCGCGGCCCAUUCAACACGUGUGGAUUGAUGAUGUGUUGGUGGAGGUGAUCUCUGAAAACUGGAUCGAUCACGCGCGCAGUGGUCUGCUCUGCCUCGGCCUGUGCUGCGCGGGGCUGCUCGGACUAGCGUACCUGUGCGCUGGCGUGCGUGUUUCCAGUGCCUCCCCGGUGGACGGCGCGGACGGCGCAGCUUCUCGCGCACGCGAGUCGCGUGGAAAGCGUGGUGGGCAGAAGCCGGAAAAGGACAUCUCAACGAUUGCGGUCCCCGCCUGGGCUCGCCGUCGCGCGGCGGGGCAGCAGCCGAUAUCCCUCACCUCGAUGGAGGCGUUGCGCCACACGAGCGACGGCGUCGGCGCAGCGGCCACCGCUGCGGAUCGCACGAGCGCCUUCGACGAGCGGCGCCCGAUGCGCACCGACAACGACCUCAACGCCUUUUUGGCCUACGAAGCCGCACACGUCCGGCAACAGCAGCGGCAGCGCCUCUCCGUCGCUGACGGCGCUGGUGUGCGCUACCGCGGCACCGCGGAGGACAACAUCUGUCAGAGCGACGUCGAUGUCGUCGGUAGGGAUGCGCUGAGCGUGACCUAUGAAGGCGGCGGGGUACAGCGCCGCUCCAAUCGCAGCGGUGGUGGUGGUGCGGACUCUGCGGCAGCCGCAUCGUCUUUCCCGUUUGCCAGCGUCGGUGCCGCACCGACGCCCUCCACGCUGCCCUGGGCAGAGCUGGGGAUUUCCCACGUCGAUGAAGCCUUGCAGCGCACGCGGGAGUGGAUGAGCGACGUGUGCCGCAAGCUGAUCGACGACAUAGACCAGUGCGACCGCUGGUUCAACGAGCACCAAAUCGAAGCCUACGACUGCCACCACUCGCUACAGGAGCUGCUGCCUGCCCCGACUGCCACCGCCGCAGCCACGGCACCGUCGCAGGCUCGGCCCGGCAGCUGGUGGGGCACGACGAGCGCAGCACCGUCUUUCAGUGUGCCAGCAAGCCCGCAACUCGAGUCGAAGCUGACCGCCCUCCUACGCGAGAAGGCGUACUGCCGCCAGGCCCAGCAAGGGAUGCAGGAACUCGACACCGCCCUCCGCUACGACCAACGACUGGCGCUCGAGGCGCGGCUGGACAUCAGCGGCACCUUCCCCUCCCCCGCCUCCUCCGUCGCGCAGCCCACCAACGCGGCUUUGACGGCGAUGCGCGAGUACGUCGUGGACCGUCUACGCACCUUUGCGAAGCAGCGAUUUUUGGUUUCCUACCACGCGAGUGGCGGCGACGCGGCGACGUGGCGCAGCGGGUACCCGUGCGACGCCCAUCUCCUCCUGCACGUCCUGCGCGUGUCCGUAAAAGGACUGAGCGAGUACGUGCGGUUUGGGUAUCAGACGGGGACGCAGACGCAGGACCUCGCCUUGUGUGUCGGUGACACCGGUGAGCCGUACUUCUACGUGCGCUUUCGGCAAGGCAGCAGUGAGACGUUGCUGCCGACACGACAAGGGCCGACGUCGCUCAUGGAGGCGGUAUUGGCCUUUGCCGCAGUGAUCCAUACAUACCACCGUGACGUGUUCGGAGGCGUUCGUGGGACCGUAGACUUGGCGGAGGUGGGGCUGCUGAGGGCGGUGGCGGAGAACCGUCCAUCGGACUGGGGAGUAGGGGCUGAUGCGGAGUGGUGA